CCACUAUCGCAUUUAAUACGUCACUGUUUUCUUCACAGUGCAUGUUUCGCAAAAAGCAUGCAUUGUUUACUUAUUUUGACGUUUCAUAAAGUCAUUGAAAGAAAUACAAAUUAGUAUCUAUAAAAUAAAAAUAAUCGCCAUUAUGAAAAGGACUUGAAUGGAUUCAAAUUGACGAAAUGGAAAAGUUUUAAGAUUGUGAAGUGUUUUCUGAAACAAUUUUAAAUUUCAUAGUCUAAUCAUUUUAAUAGAACGUUGUUAACACUAAUAUAAUCGCGCCAAUUUGUGCAAUGACCACUAUGCCUAAUUUUACUCCAGAAAUAGCGAAAGCUGUUCUAACUGAUGUUCUAACAGCAUUAAGCACCCCAGAAAAUAUUCAGAAAUUAACAGAGGCGAAGGAAAACUCAGGAAAUGAAAUGCUCAAAAUGAUGCAAUUUGUUUUUCCAAUCGUAGUACAAAUUCAAAUGGAUGUUAUUAAGAACUAUGGGUUUCCAGAAGGAAGGGAAGGUACAGUUCAGUUUGCACAAUUACUCAGAGCUUUAGAGAGGGAAGACCCUGAAAUAGCACAAUUGCAUAGUCAAGUUCGCUCGUACUUCCUUCCUCCAGUUACUAUAAGUUCUUCAACUGAAGCAUCUCUUUAGAAUAAAACAUAUUACACAUAACAAAAGAUUGCUUUAUUCAUGAGUUCUUCUAUUCAAUCAUAUGAUAAAUGCCACAAGUAAAAACAAAUAGAGUAAACAGUUAUAUAAUUAUGGAGGAUUAAUCCCAUAAACCAUAAACCUGGAAACAAUUUCUUAGGUUUAUUUUUAAAAAUCAU